AAAAAAUGAAUAUACUCUUGGUAAAGAAAGUUCUUAGAAAAAAGAAAGAAACGACGCUACCCUAUUCCGUUGGGUCUUUUUCUUUCUUGUAAUUCAAUCUCUCUCUCUCUAGAAAGCUUCCAUGGGUCAAGUUUUUCGGAAGCUCUUCGACACCUUUUUUGGCAACUCUGAGAUGCGGGUUGUGAUACUUGGUCUAGAUGCUGCCGGCAAAACUACUAUACUCUACAAACUUCACAUUGGAGAAGUUUUAUCUACUGUUCCCACAAUUGGUUUCAAUGUGGAGAAAGUUCAGUAUAAGAAUGUUGUUUUCACAGUUUGGGAUGUUGGAGGACAAGAGAAAUUAAGGCCACUUUGGAGACAUUAUUUUAACAACACCGAUGGUCUCAUUUAUGUUAUUGAUAGCCUGGAUCGUGAGAGAAUAGGUCAAGCAAAGCUGGAGUUUCAGGCAAUCAUAAAUGACCCUUUUAUGCUUAAUAGUGUCAUAUUAGUGUUUGCAAACAAACAAGACCUGAGAGGAGCGAUGACGCCAAUGGAAGUAUGUGAAGGACUAGGUCUCUUUGAUCUAAAGAAUAGAAAAUGGCACAUACAAGGCACCUGUGCUCUCAAGGGAGAUGGCCUUUACGAGGGCUUGGACUGGUUGGCUUCGACUCUGAAGGCGAUAAAAGCUGAAGGAACCUCAUCCUUUGUAGGGAUUGAAGAUAUUUUGCUGUUGUUGUAUAUGAAGAAGAGAAAAAAAGCUACCCAUGUAAUUUUGGAAGAUGAUGUUGUUGAGAUUGCAUCCGCUAGUAUUGUUUCAUUAAUUUUUGCCGCAUUUGUUGCUAUUGUUGACUUGCGUCAAGCACUGGCAAAAAGUACAAACUUCAAAGUCCAAACUUCAAUCCCCUCUCUAUCUGUUUCUGACUCUGGGCACAAAUUGCAAAUUCCUGAGCAGUUGAUUGCAGAUACAGAUACAGACAUGGGUCAAGCUUUUCGGAAGCUCUUUGACACCUUGUUUGGAAACUCUCAGAUACAGGUGCUGAUGGUAGGUCUUGACAACGCUGGCAAAACAACUAUACUCUAUAAGCUUCAAAUCGGAAAAGUUGUAACUACGAUUCCUACUGUUGGUUUCAACGUGGAGAAAGUUGAGUAUAAGAAUGUUGAUUUUACAGUUUGGGAUGCUGGAAGCCAAGGACUAUAUAAAUUAAGGCCACUUUGGAAGCACUAUUUCGACAACAAUGAUUGUCUGAUUUAUGUUGUUGAUAGCACGGAUCGUGAGAGAAUCGAUCAAGCAAAGCAGGAAUUUCAGGUAACCAUAAAUGAGCCUACGAUGCUUAACAAUAUCAUAUUGGUGUUUGCUAACAAACAGGACCUGAAAGGAGCGAUGACGCUGACGGAAGUAUGUGAAGGACUAGGUCUGUUUGAACUGAGGAACAGAAAAUGGUACAUACAAGGAACUUGUGCUCUUAGGGGAGAUGGCCUUUUUGAGGGCUUGGACUGGCUGGCUUCAACUCUGAAGGAGAAAAAGGCUGCUGAAUACUCUUAAAUAUGAACCUCAUCUUUUCAAUUGUUCAGUUUCAUUCAAGAAUGCAGUAGAAUAUAGGAAACUUUUACGGUAAAUGACUUCGCAAUUUUGUGCAGAGUCUUUAUUCAAACGAGAUAUCUUCUAUGUGAUAAACAUGUCAACUGAAAAAAAAUUGUCUAACGUAAUUCAUUAGUACUAAAGAUAUGAUAAGAUAAAAGAGAAAAGACUUUUGAAAACAUUGUGUGUGCGCGCACAUCUCAAUUCCUUUUAUAAUAAAUUGAUCAAGACUAACAAACUUUAAGGGUAUGACCAAACGAACUUUCACACUUUCAUAACUUAAGUCUUCACGUCCCUUUAAUAAAAUUUAAUA